AAAGUUUAAUAGAUAAAUAAAAUAAAAAUAACCUUUGAAAAAAAAAAAAGGGAAAAGGAAAAAUCCAUCCCUAAUAAUCGGAAAAAAAGUGAGCGUACCUCGAUAGCCGUCGUUCCCACACCGCCACCGUGAAGCGCGUCAACGAUAAGAGAAAAUAGAUGGCGUUAAACGUCACCGUAGCGACUACGAUCAACGACUUGCCAGAGGUCAUUUUAUCGAACAUCGUUGCUUUGGUUUCGGACACACGAACGAGAAACUCGCUCGCGCUGGUCUGCCGGAAAUUUCGAUCGUUGGAGAGAGCCACGCGCUGGUCUCUGACGCUCAGAGGGAACGCGCAAGAGCUCCAUAUGAUCCCGAGGUGUUUUGGAUCCGUCACUCAUUUGGACCUCUCUCAUCUCUCACCUUGGGGCCACGCGCUGCUCUCUCCCUUGGAGUCGUCUUUGGAUCCUUACCUCCUCGCGUACCAGCUACGCGUCACCUUUCCGUCGGUAACUUCCCUCACUGUUUAUGCUCGAUCGGCGUCGACUCUGCAGGUUUUGGCUCCUCAAUGGCCGAGAUUGCGCCACGUCAAGCUGGUCCGGUGGCAUCAACGGCCACAGUCUCCUGCCGGAGCGGACUUCGUUCCUCUAAUGGAGAAAUGCCAGUUGCUCUCCUCACUGGACCUAUCGGAGUUCUAUUACUGGACCGAAGAUCUCCCACCGGUUCUUCAAGCUUAUCCUAACGUGGCCAAAUCGCUAACCAAGCUAGAUCUGCUCACGACGUCGAUUUCCGAAGGGUUCAAGGACCACGAGAUCCGAGUCAUUACCAAAGCUUGUCCGAACCUCCAGCAGCUCCUCAUCGCCUGCAUGUUCGAUCCCCGAUACAUUGGAUUCGUCGGCGAUGAGGUUCUCUUAGCCAUAGCUUCCAAUUGUCCCAACUUGACUGUUCUCCAUCUGGCUGAUCCGACGUCGUUUUCCCGUGGCGAUCCAAACAACGCCGUAGAGGACGCAAGGAUCAGUCGCGCAGCUCUAAUCGAUUUCUUCUCGGCGCUUCCGUUUCUUGAAGAGCUGGUAAUGGACGUAUGCAAGUACGUGAGGGACAGUGGAUUGGCCUUGGAAGUGCUCGGUUCGAAAUGCCCGAGGCUGAGAUUUCUCAAGCUUGGCCAUUUCCAUGGGAUGUGUUUGGCUGUUGGUUCGCAGCUCGACGGCAUUGCGUUGUGUCAGGGACUCGAGUCUCUGUCUAUCAGGAACUCGCCGGACUUGACCGACAUGGGUUUGAUAGAGAUUGCCAGAGGGUGUUGUAAACUAGCAAAGUUGCACGUACAUGGCUGCAGUGGGAUUACUGCAAAUGGAGUCAGCACCAUGGCUACUCUGCUCCGUCGAACCCUGGUUGAUGUUAGCCUCUCUCGCUGUGAGAAUUUGGAUGCCGCCAUGUCGUUGCGAUCUUUGGAGCCGAUCCGGGAGCGAAUUCGGAAACUCCACAUUGAUUGCAUCUGGAAGAACAUGGAGGAUCCAGUUAAGGAUGUUAGUUUUGCUGUGAAUGAAUUCGAGGAAGCUGAUGAUACCAUUGUAUCAAAUCCGAAUGAUGAUUUCAUGAACUUGUCGGGAAACGAUGAGUACGAAGACAGAGCAAAGAAGAAAUGCAAGUACUGGUCGGUUGGGGAGUGUUCCAAUGCACUACAGAGCAAUGGCCAUAGAAAUGGCAACAAUGGCAACAAUGGAUACGAGUGCAAGAACUGGAACAGACUGCAAUACCUUUCUCUAUGGAUUGGUGUAGGAGAGCUUCUAACGCAGUUGCCGAGGGCGGGUCUGGAAUAUUGUCCCAACUUGGAGGAGAUUCAUAUAAAGGUUGAAGGAGAUUGCAGAAAAAGGCACAAACCCAAGGAACAAGAAUUUGGGUUGAGGUGCUUAUUACGUUAUCCUAGGCUGUCCAAAAUGAAAUUGGAUUGUGGUGAUACAAUAGGCUUUGCUUUCACCGCACCAUCUGGGCAGAUGGAUUUGAGCCUUUGGGAGAGGUUUUUCUUGCAUGGGAUUGAGGAUCUGAGACUCCAGGAACUCCAUUAUUGGCCGCCACAGGAUCAGGACGUCAACCGACGAAGCCUGUCGCUCCCGGCAGCCGGAUUGCUGGCCGAAUGCAUGUCGCUGAGGAAGCUAUUCAUCCAUGGGACGACGCAUGAGCAUUUCAUGAUGUUCCUGCUGAAGAUUGGUAACCUGAGAGAUGUGCAGCUGAGAGAGGAUUAUUAUCCUGCGCCGGAGGACGAUAUGAGUACUGAAAUGAGAGUUCUUUCCUGUUGCCGUUUUGAAGAAGCAUUGAAUAGGCGCCAUAUCCCUCCUUGAAAUAAGCAAAAACUGGAAAACCACCAUCCAUGUUUAUGCUCGGUUACACCUUGACACGGAAGUUCCUAGUGUUUCACAUCCUUUAGUUUUGUAUUUUUUUUUAUUUUUUUUUUCAUUUUUUUUAUUUUCCCUUUACUUUUUGCCUCUGUAGGACUGGAAAAGAGAAGGCUUCUUUGUUAUUUUUGAUGUGGAACUCCUAAAAGUAAAACAGUAAUAAAUCCAAUAGUCUUCUCAUGGAAACAAAGUUUUCUGCU